AGUCAAACAGUGACUGUAUGUAUAAUACAUAUAUACAUAUAAUAUGUAUAUAUGUUGGUACGAGCGGCAGACGUGGCGAACGCGAUAACGUCUUUUUAGUUAUUACGAAAUUGUUUUUACCCAUGAAAAUGUUCGGUACACGUGUAAAUACCCAUGAAGGUAGUAUGACCAAACAGUUAUUUUCCCAAAUCUUUUUUGAUACAAUGCAAUGCAACAGAUCGUCUUUUUUUCCAAGCAACAUAUUUUUGCGGUCUUAGCACACUGCGGGGCGCUUUCAAUGUGUCACAGGUAGUUCGAAAGUGAAAGCGUACCGCACCCUCACCCAAAACUGCCAUAUUGUCACCUGUAUACAAUAGCACGAUGUGGUAAAAAAAAAAAAACCGUCUGGUCUAAUUCGUGUUAACCUCAAUUUUGGUCAAAUUGCCAGUAUUUGUGACUCGUCAGUCGUUACACGUUCGUUAAAUUCUUCAGUGUCUGGUUUUGCGCAAGUUGUAACGUGACUAUAUACGUCUUGUAUAGUGAAGGUAGACGCUUGCUAGUCAAUCGGACAAUUUGUGAAUUGACUAUCUGUUUAAGUUAAACUUCACUGUAGUGAUCGCUCUAUCAUAUAAAUUUAACGGUCUUUAUAAUUUGUUAAAAUGCCUAGCGUUUGUAUACUGUGUAUAAGACCAAGGCUCAAAAGAUUCAACUCUAAGAUAUCUUUUCAUGUAUUUCCAACAUGUCCGAAAAAACGGCAGAUAUGGAUCAAAAGCUGUAAAUUAACGAACCAAGAAGUCUUACCGCGCCAUAAAAUAUGCUCAUUUCAUUUUAAGCCUACAUGUUUCAAAGUCGACGCAAAGAGACGAAUACUUCACUCGGAUGCUGUACCAACAAUUUUUGAAAAACGCUAUGUCAAAAAAAGUAAUCUGCCAAACAAAAUUGUAAAAGAAAGGACAAAAGACAGUAAGAAGAAGAAAGAGACUGGCCUUCAAAAUCAGCAGUCUCAUAAUAUUUCAUCAACAAAAGCUACUAAAAAAAAAGUAGUUGGUCCGAAAGGUAUUAUUUCAAAUUUAGAAGACGCUAGAGACGUAUUUAAACAUUUACAAAAUAUUGCAACAAAUCAAAAAAAAAAAAUUAAUAAUCUCGAUAAGACUAUCAAGAAACUAGAAGAUAAAAAAUCUUAUUUUAUGUCACAGUUGAAACUUGCAAAUGUAAAAAUCCCAAUGGUUGACCAAAUAAAAAAAUAAGAACAACCAAUAGAUGAAGUAUUUUAAGCAUUUUGUCUGUAUAAUUUAAUACUAAAAAAUGCUCAAUUCAAUUUUAAUUUUUUAUCAUUUUUUUUACGGCUUUAAGUGAUUAAUAUUAUAUAAUACAAGAAGAUCAUUUUGCUUUUUUAUUUGAUA